UUUUAAAUACAUUCUUUUAAUUCUAUGCAAAGUUUUCUAUUGUAUAUAAACUGAAAAAUCGUCAUAGAUUCGAUUUUUCUUUCUAACUGGUUAGUGAUUUAUAAAAUGAUAUAUCAGAGGAUUGUUAUAUCAAGGUAACUCGAGAAAGUUUUCAGAAUGACCACAUCAUACAGUAAUUAUCCGCCCCCAGUGAAAACGUUUGGAGAUGGCAGUACAUUUGACAAGGCUGCUUACGCUGCGUAUGAGGCUAUAAAGUCGGAAAGAGAUGCUUUAAAGGAGACUGAAGGCAUCUCUAAACGUAGAAUAGAAGCACUUGAACAAGAGACUAAAGAUCUGCUUUCAUCUUAUCAAGGAAUAUAUGAGGAAAACAGGGUAUUACGGAGUAAAGUAGAACAUGGGCCAAAUGCACAAAGAAUUCGUAAUUUCCGAAAUGAAAUUAAGCGGUUAGAAGAUAAGGUUUCGACAAUGAGAACUGAGAACGGAAUGCUCACUGAAGAACUUGCAUCACUUCAAAAGCAAGUCAAUAAUGUAUCUGAAGAUAAAAAGAGAAUUGAUGAUGCUUUUAAGAUGGAAAGAGCGUUACAUAUUGAGAAAACAAUCAAUGCUGAAAAGGAAAAUGUAGAUUUGCGGGAGAAGGUUGAGAGACUAGAAAAACAACAGGAAGAGUAUGAAAGAAGAGUGAAAAACUACGACGAAGAAUCGGAAGGGCUUCUCAGUAGGUACAAAGAACUAAAACGGGACAAUUUAAAGAUGGAGACAAAGUUCAAGAAGCAGAAAGAUUUGCUGGAGGAAGAGAUCCGCGAUACAAAAGAGAUAAAUAAGGAAAUGGCAAAAGAAAUUAUCGUAUUGAAAACUAGACAAGCAAAAUUGCAGUCAGAAUAUAAUUCAAUUAAGUUAGAUUAUGAUGCAGCAGAGAAGCAAAUUGAUUAUCAGAAUAAGGAACUAGAAGUCUUUAGAACUCAGUCAUCCCUCUUAGAGAAAAAUGUAAAAGUAACAGAACGCGAAUAUAACUCAAUGAAAGAAGAACUCCGAUCAGUCGAGGACAUGCUUGUUGAUGCCCGCAAUUUCGGCUUUGAAACGGUUGUUGAGGACAGAAGAUAUUCUAAAAGAAAAGAAAGAAAGCAGUUACAACGUAUAGAUGAAUUAGACAUACAAGUUGAAGAGUUAACAAGAGAAAAUAACACUCUUGAAAAAGAAGCAAACGAAUGUCGAAAGAGAAUGGAAGCCGCUCUUCUGGAAAAAGAGAAUUUGAUUUUUGCACAAACAGCAUUUAAACGAAGAAUAGAAGUAUUAGAAAAUGCAAAUAUUGAUCUUGACAGGCAAACUAAGUUUAUGUUUGGCAACAGCAAGAAAGGACUUAUUGUUACAAUGCCCGACGAAAAUUUAAAGAACUUAGAAAAGGAAAAAGCUGCAUUAUUUGCAAAAUGCCGAUAUCUGGAGACUCAGAACAGGCGAUGUAUGCGACGAAUCAAAGAACUAGAAAACGGGAUGGAAAUUGACGACUUUAAUGACGACAUGUCCCUUUUAGAUUUCAAAUCAAGAAGGACAGCAGAUCACAUACUCCAUGCCGAUAUGCCUGCAUUAUCCAGUAGAGACCCAAAAUCUUCUUACAAGCGUAAAAUCAGAAAUGGACGGUCAUUACCAGCGUUAAAUACAAAAUAGAAGCCGUCAUGUUGAAGAGUAAAGACUCUAAUAGUUGAUCAUUAAUAUCAUAUAAACUUUAAUUAUUAGUUUUGUAAAAUGCAAUGAUUCAUUACACAUUAAACACAUAAUUUUACAUAA